AAACAUCUUCACAUGCCACAAGCCACGCUGGUUCGACACGGCCAGCUCUCGCUCUGCUGUGUUCCCGGCUUACAGUAUUUUAACUGCUUCUCCGUCUAGACACGCAGGUUCUGGAGAAUCAAUAGUUUCUGCGCCGAAUGGCGCUUCUGCCUCACCCGCAAAUAUGCAAUACGUAAAAGGCUCUUACAGAGCCGCGACGUCUCCGGCAGCGCAGAGAACAUACCUUAGCGCCGCUCUGUUCUUCGCUGCGUCCUUGGCGCUGUUGUGUGUCGCUGCUCUAGCUUAUCCCGUCUUCUACUACAAUUAUGUGCCUAAAAAGCUCAUCACUAUUCCGGUGCAUCUGCAGUACGACUCUGGUGUCAACCCCUAUGGCGUCACCUCACUCUCCUCGAAUCUUAUGCUCGAGCAGGCCUACGACGUAUCCGUGGAGCUGACGGUACCGCGGUCGCCUACUAACCUACAGAGGGGAAACUUCAUGGUAGCUCUGUUCGCGAUGAAAUCGGUGCCAGAUAAUCCGGCUUUCACAUUCUCCUUCUCUAAGGCAAUGGAAAACCUGUACAGCCAUGUGAGAGAGGACAACGUCGUCUUCAUGAGCCGCCGGCCUACGCUGAUACCAUACACGGACCCAUUCGUGAGCAUGGCGUCACGCUUCUUAUUUCUGUUCUAUCAUAUAUUAUAUCCCGACCAAGGGGAGACGACAACACUUACAGUUCCGAUGGGAGAGCUCGUCGAGUUCAAGGAUGUGUUGCCGUUGAGUUUCUUGCUUGAUGUGCAAGCCGGCCAGACGCUUCAGGUGUAUUCAGCUACUAUCACCCUUGUAGCUCGACUGACAGGAAUCCGAUGGGCCAUGUAUAAUCACCGUUUUAUCUCGUUUGCGGUAUGCACAGCUGUUUUCUGGAUUGCCGAGAUGCUGUCAGCAGGAUUAGCAUGGUUACUUCUGAGCCUUUUCAUUUCCGGCCGGGAUCCUGAAGCACCGGACAAUAACGAUGAUGGUGGAUUGGAAGGCGAUCCUUGGAUGGGCCGGCGACCUCUACCUAAAGCUUCCUUUCGUGACGAACUUGAGGAGUCUGAGGACGAAAGAAACCCGCGAGUGAAGAAAGAAGAGAGCGACGACGAGGAUUAUGAUGCUAAGGUAAAAGAAGAGAGUCCGGAACAAGAGACAUUGAUGGAACAACCUGCGGAUGACGAAGGAGACGCUGAUGAUGCUCGGAGGGAGUCAGGCGCUGGAACAAGCUUUAGUCAUGGGAAGAGUGGCAGUCUACGCAGGCGGUCGUCACGAGGCAGGUCUUGAUCAGGUAGUGGGUGAUAUUCAAGCGUGAAUUACCUACCUGCUAGCAUUCCUUCCUUGCUCUACAUAAUACCAGAUACCACUUACUUUUUUAUUUUCUAUUCAUAAUCCAAAUCUUCAUAUAAUUGCAGGUUCCAUAUCCAUAUAUCCAGAGAUAUUCGAUUCCUACAUAGAAGUACCUCCCUGGAUGUACAUAUAUGUGGGGGUGUGUUACAUAAUCAAUAGUACUAAAUACCCUAC